CAGCCAUGGGGAAGCCGGCGAAGAAGGGAUGCGACUGGAAGCGCUUCCUGAGGAAUAAUUGGCUGCUACUCUCCACCGUGGCUGCGGUGGUGCUAGGGAUUGCCAUAGGCGUUUUGGUUCGAGAAUACAGCAAGCUCUCUAACCUGGAGAAAUUCUACUUUUCCUUUCCUGGAGAAAUUCUAAUGAGAAUGCUGAAACUCAUCGUUUUACCAUUAAUUAUAUCCAGCAUGAUUACAGGUGUUGCUGCACUGGAUUCCAACGUAUCUGGAAAAAUUGGUCUACGUGCUGUCGUAUAUUAUUUCUGUACCACUGUCAUUGCUGUAAUUUUAGGUAUCGUGCUGGUGGUGAGCAUCAAGCCUGGUGUCACCCAGAAAGUGAAUGAAAUUGACAGGACAGGCAGCAGCCCUGAAGUCAGUUCAGUGGAUGCCAUGUUAGACCUGAUCAGGAAUAUGUUCCCUGAGAACCUUGUCCAAGCCUGUUUUCAGCAGUACAAAACCACACGUGAAGAAGUGAAACGUCCCGAUGAGCCAGGGACAAACAGGACAGAGGCGUCUGUCACAGCCAUCAUGACAACUGCUAUUUCCAAGAACAAAACAAAGGAAUACAAAGUCAUAGGCAUGUAUUCAGACGGCAUAAAUGUCCUGGGCUUGAUUGUCUUUUGCCUCGUCUUUGGAAUUGUCAUUGGAAAAAUGGGAGAAAGGGGACAGAUUCUGGUGGAUUUCUUCAAUGCUCUGAGUGAUGCAACCAUGAAAAUCGUUCAAAUCAUUAUGUGCUACAUGCCGGUUGGUAUUUUGUUCCUGAUUGCCGGGAAGAUCAUAGAAGUCGAAGACUGGGAAAUAUUCCGCAAGCUGGGCCUUUACAUGGCCACCGUCCUGAGUGGGCUUGCAAUCCACUCCAUUGUAAUUCUCCCACUGAUGUAUUUUGUAAUUGUACGAAAGAACCCUUUCCGAUUCGCCAUGGGAAUGGCCCAGGCUCUUCUGACAGCUGUCAUGAUCUCCUCCAGUUCAGCAACACUGCCAGUCACUUUCCGCUGUGCUGAAGAGAAGAACCGGGUGGACAAGAGGAUCACUAGAUUUGUGUUACCCGUUGGUGCUACAAUCAACAUGGAUGGGACUGCACUCUAUGAAGCAGUGGCAGCUGUGUUUAUUGCACAGUUGAAUGACUUGGACUUGAGCAUUGGGCAGAUUGUCACUAUCAGUGUCACGGCCACAGCCGCCAGCAUCGGAGCUGCCGGUGUGCCCCAGGCCGGCCUGGUGACCAUGGUGAUCGUGCUGAGUGCCGUGGGCCUGCCCGCUGAGGAUGUCACCCUCAUCAUCGCUGUCGACUGGCUCCUGGAUCGGUUCAGGACCAUGGUGAAUGUCCUCGGCGAUGCAUUCGGGACCGGCAUCGUGGAGAAGCUCUCUAAGAAGGAGCUGGAGCAGAUGGAUGUUUCAUCUGAGGUCAACAUCGUGAACCCCUUUGCCUUGGAAUCCACGACACUCGACAGUGAAGACUUGGACACCAAGAAGUCCUAUGUCAACGGAGGCUUUGCCAUCGACAAGUCUGACACCAUCUCAUUCACCCAGACCUCACAGUUCUAGGGCCCUGGCUUUGGAAAACUGGGAGUGGUGAAGGACCUCUCCAGGAGAGUCAUCUCUUAGCAAAUUCAAACAUUAAGUAAGGAAAAGAAAAACACU